AUGCCAGAAGGUGUCCAAGUGUCAUGUUGUGGCUGCAACUCUACAGCCACCAAGACGGUAUACAUUUGCAGCCAAUGCAAUUUCUACUUACAUGAGCAGUGUUUUCAUGCUACCCGGUCAUGGAAACACCCAUCACACCCUAUGCACCCACUCAACUUGUUUCCUUAUCCCACAUACCCUUCAAAUUCCUUCUACUGCAAUUUAUGCAAAAUCAUCGGAACUGGUUUCUCCUAUUCUUGUUCAGAUUGUGAUUUUGAUAUCCAUGUUCAUUGUGCUUAUUCCAUUUCUAAUGCUAAUACCUUUCAUCACCCGCAUCCAUCAGUGACUACUACUCACCCACACGAUAUUUCCUAUCCAAACAAUGAAAUAGUAUCACCACAUUUUCAUAGCCAAAUUUCCUCCACAGUCCCUAAUGUUGAUUCUGCUUCUCCUUCUAUUCCCAUUGAUUCAAGAACUAACAUACAGAGGCAUGAGGAAGUAAUGCUUGAGGAAGCAAUGGAUAAUGCUAGGAUAAACGCUAUGGUUCAGCAAGACAUAUUAGACCUGUGGUCAUGA